UUAGUUUGGACUUUGUGCAAAAGUGUUUGAGAAAAUUACUCGCGCGGAACGAGGUCUCAGGAAAAUCGUGAUAAAUAAUAAAAUUACGCGCUUAUUUAAUUCAUUUUAAUCUAAAACAAACGAAUCUGACCGAAAAGUUUUCAUUUCGCGAAGCAAGUUGUCAAGCGUUCAAAUUGACGAUUGUUAAGGUUAGAUUCUAUUGGGAAAUCUGUCGAAUGGGAUAGUGUCGCUGCGCACAAGCGUGAUUAUUGGAACUUGCGUGCGGUAUUUUCGGUCUCUCGUAGAUAUGGAGAAAAUACACAAUGGAGACUAUCUUUUGGUUAAAGAAGAAAUAAGGAAGAAAUAUGAUUCUAGCAAAGACAUUAAUCUUGAGAAAUUUGAAGCUGAUAUGGGUUGGACGUGUUCGCAUAAGACCUAUGAUCUUGCGGAAGAAAUAGCAAACAUGAAAGAAGAAGUAAAUCCGCUGGAUAAGAUUUUGGAAAAAAGUGUUAUCAAGAGCGAUUUUGAAAAUUUGCAUGUUGUACCACCGUACGAGUUGAGCAAACGUCAGUUAGAAAAGCUUAAACAAAAAGAAAAAAAGAAGGCAGGAAUCGGCGCGGGAUGGUUUAACAUGAAAGCGCCUCGAAUUACGCCAGAAAUUAGACACGAUCUUGAAGUGUUGCAAAUGAGAUCGGUGUUGGAUCCUAAACGCUUCUACAAAAAAAACGACACAAAAGCGUUGCCGAAACAUUUUCACAUCGGCAAGGUUAUUGAUUCGCCAUUGGACUUUUAUUCGUCGCGUCUCACGAAAAAGGAGCGUAAGAAAACUAUUGUCGAUGAGCUAAUGGCAGAUGCCAAUUUUAAGAGAUAUAACAAAUCCAAGUAUAAAGAGAUUAUUGAAGAGAAGAAAAAGACACACUACAAAGCGUAUAGACACGCAAAGAAACUUAAAGGAAAGAAAAGGAAAUAGCGUUGCUAUUAUUUGUACG